AUGGGCAACUACAUUUCUUGUAGCCUAGCAACCCAAAUAUUGAGCAAGCAUGGAAAAGCAGCAGCCACUAAAGUGAUCGUCCCAAGCGGCGAAAUCAAACAAUUCAAUGUCCCCAUAAUAGCCGCCGAGCUGAUGGUCGACACCCCAAACUUCUUCCUCGUAAAUAUCCAGUCUCUCCAUGUGGGAAGAAGAUUUUCGCAUCUCAGUGCCGACGAAGAGUUGGAUAUCGGCAACGUUUACGUCAUGUUCCCCAUGAAGAGGCUCAACUCCACCGUCACAACAGCUGAUAUGGGGCCACUGUUCCUCACCGCCGCAGCUGGGUCAGCAAGCAAGCGAGCUUCCGGGAGAAACGUGAGGGUGCGGCCGGCUUAUCAUCAUCAGCCCAUGAAGUUUGGUAAUGAAGGCGAUGAGUGUAAGAGGAUUAAGAGUUGGGGAAAAAGUUUGGAGCAUGAGGCGGCGACGCCAAAGCUUAACUUGGAUGACAUCGAAGAUUUCUCGGCGCCGGAGUUUAUGCACAGGUUGUCUAUGAGUAGGUCAAAGAAGCCAUUGCUGGAUACCAUAGCAGAAGAGCCUGCAGUUUCUGUUUCUUCAAGGUGA